GGAAAGACAAAAGACACUUCUACAAAACACUGGCAAGUGAAGCAGAAGUCUGCAGGUAGGAGAAAUCUAACAACAUCAAAUAACCAGGUUACUAUCUGGAAAGAAAGAGAUCAACACAGAUGAAACCAAGAAAAGACGAUGAAAGAAAUUUAAUUACCAAAGAAGAGAAACAAAGGAAACGAUGGGUCGACCACUUCAAAAAGCUCUUGAAUCGGCCACCACCUGCACUUCGUCCAGAAAUACCACCUGCAGCCGCUGAACAACAAGUGAACAUAAAUCCUCCAACAAAAGUCGAAGUCCUGAGCGCCAUAAAGUUACUGAAAUGUGGGAAAGCAGCAGGACCAGAUGGAAUCCAACCAGAAGCACUGAGAACAGAUGCAGAGACAACAGCGGCCAUGCUCACACCACUAUUGCAGAAGGUGUGGAAGGAAGAGAAGGUACCUGGCGAUUGGAAGAAGGGUUACCUUGUCAAACUGCCGAAGAAGGGAGACCUCAGUGUUUGCAAGAACUGGCGCGGAAUCACUUUCCUGUCCACCCUCAGCAAGCAAAAUAUUAAGCUGUAUCAUCUUGGAGAGGCUAAGGAAUGCACUGGAUUCAAAACUACGACCGGAACAGGCUGGCAGGCUUCAGGAAGUACAAAUUAUGUGCGGACUAAAUUGCAACGCAUCACAACGCAUCAUCAUAGAACAGAGUAUAGAAUGGCAGUCAACCCUCUACCUCAACUUUAUCGACUUUGAGAAGACCUUCGACAGCGUCGACCGAGAGGUAAUUUGGUAGACAGUUGCUUCAAUACUACGGAGUACCGCAAACCUUUAUCCGCCUCAUUCAACAGCUAUACAAAGAUGCCACAUGACAAGUAAUUCACAACGGGAAGCUCAGUGAUGCUUUUGAAGUGAGGACAGGAAGGAGUGAAACAAGGUCGCCUACUAUCUCCCAGGGUAUUCCUGAUUGUGGUGGAC